AUGAGUGAAGGUCGUGAAAAAAUGACAAAAACGGAAGCCAUAGAAUAUCUAAGAGAAGUGCAAAAGAAAUUUGAAGACAAGAACGAAGAGUUCCAAAAGUUUUUGGAUAUCAUGACCUAUUUUAGAAUUCAUAGAAUUGAUGUUGGGACUGUGGUGGAACAAGUGGGGGAGAUUCUCAGAUGCCAUGAUGAUCUCAUUCUGGGAUUUAACAAGUUCUUGCCAAAGGGAUAUGAAAUCCUUCUUCCACCCAAGGGUGCAGUUCAGAUGGAAGAUGCUGUCAAAUAUGUGCAGAAGAUUAAGGAUCGUUUUCGAAACAAAUAUCAUAUCUACAGUACAUUUGUGAAGAUAUUAUCUAGUAGGAAGCAAAAUCACAUGCCUGUUCAGCAAGUGUUCAAUGAAGUAAGUGUUGUCUAUCUAUCUGCUCUUGAAUUUCUUCUUUCUGAUUCACUUUAG